AUGGUUGAAAAAGAUAUUUUUGGAAAACAAUUCUAUAAUUAUUUGAACAAUUAUGAAGAUUUAAAUGAAUACUAUCUUUAUUGUACUUCCUUAGGUCGUUUAUCCAGUAAAAUUAAACACAGUAACCUUAAAAUACUAUGUGAACAGCUUGUAAAAUAUUUAAUAUCUACAUAUAUUAUAUUGAACAAAGAGAAACUUAAAUAUGAUCCUUGUAUCCUUUUGAAUUAUUGGGUAUACAAUAGAUUAGUGAAUAUUUUUGGUACUGAUGAUAUAUCUGUUAUUAACCCUAGUUGGAGUGAUCUCGUACUAAUAUGGAAUGAUAUUGUUUAUAAACCAUCAUAUGAGUUUAAAAAUAAUAAAUGUGUUCCUGACGAUAGUAUUGUUACUCAAAAUGACUGGAGAAAAAGAAAGAGAUUGUAUGAAUAUUGUGUUAAUUAUGAUACAAUUAAAAAAACUAUUCCAAAUUUUGGAAAAGCAUGCCCAGAAUAUUGGUCUUACGUUAAGAGUCACACUUCUGUAUUUGAAUAUUUUGAGAAAUAUUGUUCUGAGAAAAAAUAUCAAUGUCCAAAAUUCUAUGAUGAAUGCAAGCAACAUGAUCCAAAAAAAGUGUUAGAGACUUUUGAUUGUCAUAACCAGAUGAUGAAAAAGCAACCUGAAGACGCUGCUGCAAAUGCUAGAUCAACAUUACAAGCAGGUAUGCCUGCAGGUCAAGAAGCAAGUUCUGGAAUGUCUACCAGUUCAGAGGUUUCUGCAGGAGGUUCACCGUUAACACGUGACGGUACUCACCCAGCUACAAAAACUGGUGACAUACUUCUGGGAGUAGUUGCGACUUCUCUAACUUCUGGAGCUUUAUAUAGGUUUACACCCUUAGGAAGAAUUAUACGCAAUGGACUUGGGUGGAAUAAUAAUAAUAUGAGAAAUAUGCAUGGAAGCGAAUAUGGAUUAUUUGAUUAUGCACCAGAAUCCUUUAAUCCAUAUACAGGGGGAGGUGAAGAACAUUAUAUUGGGUACCAACCUGCGUAA